CAGCUUAUGUAUCACUCAGUGUGUAAAGUUGUAGCAGCUGUGUUUAGGACAGAGAUGAGAUGGUGAUGUAUUUGGUCUUGUAGGAUUUCUAUCAUCUUAUGUAAGAUGACGCCUCAUGCAUACAAAACACCACCCUGUUCUUUCUCUGUGAUUAGGAAAAUUACCUAAAGGCUGGGUGAAUUCUAUGUUUGUGUAAGAUCUCAAAUCAAGUUUGACUGGAUUCCUCUGAACACAGAUACAGUUUGAGUUCUUUGUUCAGCUUCAGCACAACUCUGGCCGGUUUACGAGAAGAACUGACACAGAUUAGAGAUGAACUGGGCAGGGCUGCAGCUCCUCAUCAGCGGGGUGAACCAGUACUCCACUGCUUUUGGUCGUGUGUGGCUCUCAGUGGUGUUUGUGUUCAGAGUGUUGGUGUUCGUCGUCGCAGCGCAGCGUGUUUGGAGUGACGAAAGCAAGAGUUUUGUAUGCAACACAAGGCAACCUGGCUGCACCAAUGUGUGUUAUGACUACAUCUUUCCCAUCUCCCACAUUCGCAUCUGGGCUCUGCAGCUGAUCUUUGUCACCUGCCCAUCCCUCUUGGUAGUGGCUCACGUUAAAUUGAGAGAAGAGAAGGACAAAAAGUACACAAAACUACACGAGGGUGCACAUCUGUACGCCCACCCAGGGAAAAAGCGAGGUGGGCUGUGGUGGACCUACAUGCUCAGCCUUUUCUUCAAAGCAGGGUUUGAUUGUGCAUUUGUCUACAUCCUCUAUUACAUCUAUGACGGCUUUGACAUGCUACGGCUCUCCAAGUGCUCUCUGGACCCAUGUCCGAAUACAGUGGACUGUUUCAUCGCGCAGCCUACAGAAAAAAAAAUCUUCACUCUAUUCAUGGUGGUUACGUCUGCAUUAUGCAUCAUGAUGUGCUUAUGUGAAAUGUGCUAUCUGAUUGGAAAGAAAAUACAUAAAGCCAUAAUUCGGCAAAAGGUUCCUGGACGGGUUCCUUAUGAACACCAGAAUGCUAUAGAUCAUGGAAAAAAAAGACAGCAACACAGAAUAGAUCCGACACUCACCAGUGUGGAAAACCUCAACUUGCUCAAACAAACAAUUUCGUGAACGGUUAUUACCCUCCUGAACUGUAACUACAGUUAGAGAAUAUGAAUGAAUGCAGAGUCGGUAUUCAUGAAUACAUGUUUCAUGUGAAAAUCCCAAUUAUAUAUUUAUACAAUGAACAUAUUUAGGUGAAAAUAUUUAGAUUAAGCCUGAAAUAUCUGGUAAAUAAAGGGUUAAAACUCAGGAAAGUUGUAAAUAGUCUAACAGAAUAAGAUACUUUUUUAAAAAAAAAAUAAAAACAGUAUGAAUUUCAUUUUAGGCUCAUUGUUGGCUUAAAUAACUUUUUCACCAGUUUUGGAUAUCAUUACUUUUUUAUGCUGCUUCUGUUACAGAGAUGUAUUUAAUAUACAUUUGGAAAUGCAGAGCACACCUUCAGCUCCUAGUUGUGUUGUAUGAGAAAUGAUUGUGGAACUGUAGGAGGUGUGAGAACUCAUGAAAUCCUUGAAAAGAGCUGUGAAUAUAACAGAAAAUAUACACGUUUGUCUUUAUCCCUUACAGUUACUGCAUACCUGAUUGUUUCUGUUAUGUCUCAGGGGUCACACUUUUCCUACUUGUACUUGGUGAGAGAGAGAGAGAAAAAAAGAAGUGUCAGGGCUUAUUUUAUUUAAAUCAGAUAAAACUCGUUUGCAUAACUAUAGGAACUUUUGAAAUAUGCUUCAGUAGUAUGCUACAGUAAAAAUCUUCAUUGAAGUACCA